AUGGGGAAGAAAGAAAAGAAACAAAGACAGCAACAGAGAACUUCUCGAAGAGGAGCUUCUUACUAUAGAAACGAAGAAGAAGACGACGACUUCAAUAACAACUACUCUCAGAUCUUAGCCUCUUCUUCUCUUUCUGAUCAAGACCCAGAAGCAGAACAUGAUGACUCCAAUGCAGAAGAAGAGAAGGAGGAGAAUGUCGAUGAUACAACAACAUCAAUGAAAGACAUGCCUUCAAAGUUUCUUCUUUACCAGCAAUCAGUACAGUCACCCAAAGGAGACAUAAGCUACUUGCAGAAGUUCUUUUUAUUGUACGUGGGUGGGAGGUUGCCCCUUCAUCUCCAGGAAGAUUUUUGUGGCACUGCUCUUCUUAGUACAGAAUGGCUUCGCAAUGACUCGAGGCGGACUGCUGUAGGAGUGGAUUUGGAUCUGGAGGCACUAAAUUGGUGCAUAGAAAAUAACAUGAAUAAAGUUGGAGCUAAUGGAUAUUCUAGAAUAUCCCUCUUCCAUGGAAAUGUCUUGCAGCCUCUUGAGGCAAAAUUAGUCAAUUUUGAGUCUCAAGAAAUAGUCAGUAACAUUAAAUCAAAGGAUUGCAAAGACGACAAGGAAAGUAAUGAACUAGAAUCUGUUGUCCAGGUGUGCUCAUUUACUUCUAUGGAUGAUAAGUACAUUAAGAGAAAUGUUCAGCUAGUUCCACGAGAUAUCGUGUGUGCUUUUAACUACAGUUGCUGUUGUCUUCAUAAACGAGCAGAUCUGGUUUUGUAUUUUAAGCACGUUCUCGAUGUCUUGUCCAAAAAGGGUGGUAUAUUUGUGAUGGAUUUAUAUGGUGGUACAUCAUCAGAGAGCAAGCUAAGGCUUCAGAGAAGAUUUCCAAAUUUUACGUAUAUUUGGGAGCAAGCUGAAUUUGACAUCAUUGGGCGCAAAACAAGGAUUAGCCUCCACUUUCAUCUCCAGAAGCAGCAGAGAAAGCUUCGCCAUGCAUUUUCAUACAGUUGGAGACUGUGGUCAUUGCCAGAGAUCAAGGAUUGCUUGGAAGAGGCUGGAUUUCGAUCUGUCCAUUUUUGGCUUCGGCAGAUGCCAGACACUGAAGCGAACAGGAGUACAGAAGGAUUUGGUGUUGGACGAGACAUGAAGUAUGAGGAGGUCAAGACUUUUGAACAAGAAGAUGCUUGGAAUGCUUAUAUAGUAGCUGUUGCAAACUAA